UCUCUGAAAUCUACAUGAAUCACGUGACGAUCAAGCGUUUGGAACUUCCUCUCUGCAUUUCCCUCUCCAGUGUUGCGGUCGCAGCGAAUGAGCGCGCGGCGUGGGCGGGGCCGGGGGCUGAAUUCCCGCACUGGGUUUCGCGUCGCGCUUGAGAAGCGUCUCCGUCUUCCACGAGUGUGUUGGUGCAGGUGUCCGGGGGGAGGAUGAGGAAGAGGAUGAUGAUGAUGAUGAUGAUGAUGAUGAGGAUGCCAUAAGAAAGGCGGGCAGGGGCAAGAAUGAAGGGAGACGCCGGAAAGAGAGAAAGAGAAAGAGAGAGAGAGGACGGGAAUAUGAUAUGAAUAACGGGAAAACGGUGCGGUGCGCGGAAAUCGACUAUGUGCAAAAUAUUGAAAGGGCCACACUGAGCUGUUAUUUCUGGUCGGCGACAGUACUAUGAUUUGGUAUGUGGCCACUUUGAUAGCAAGCGUUUUCAGCACCCGGGGAACGACAGCUCAAGGUGUCCACGGCGUGAGAGAGGAGCCCCAGUUUGUGACGGCCCGUGCAGGAGAGAGCGUAGUUCUGGGAUGUGAUGUGAGCCACCCCCUCAACGGCCAGCAGACGCCCUAUGUGGUGGAGUGGUUCAAGUUCGGUGUGCCUAUCCCUUUUUUCAUCAACUUCCGCUUCUAUCCUCCUCAUGUGGAUCCGGAGUAUGCUGGUAGGACAAGCCUACAUGGCAAGGCGUCUCUGCAGAUCGAUCAGGUGCGCUCGGAGGACCAGGGCUGGUACGAGUGCAGGGUUCUCAUGCUGGAACAGCAGUAUGACACCUUCCACAAUGGCAGCUGGGUCCAUCUCACAGUCAACGCACCCCCUACGUUCAUGGAUGUGCCACCGCAGUAUGUGGAGGCCAGGGAGGGAGGCAGCAUCACACUGAGUUGCACCGCCUUCGGCAACCCCAAGCCUGUGGUCACCUGGUUGCGAGAGGGCGAGCAGCUGGUCACCAACAAAAAAUACACGGUGAGUGAUGGCAGUUUGACAGUGCAGGCCAUUGCACGGGAGGACAGAGGAGCGUACAGCUGCCGUGCUCACAGCGACCAGGGAGAAGCACUUCACACCACACGUCUGCUAGUGCAAGGUCCUCCAUAUAUAGUGGCGCCCCCUGAAAACAUCACCGUAAACAUUUCUCAGAAUGCACUCUUCACGUGCCAAGCAGAGGCAUAUCCCGGCAACCUGACCUAUACCUGGUUUUGGGAGGAGGACAACGUCUACUUCAAGAACGAUCUGAAGCUCAGAGUGCGCAUCCUGAUCGACGGCACCCUAAUCAUCUACCGCGUGAAGCCAGAGGAUGCUGGGAAAUACACCUGUAGCCCCAGUAACAGCCUGGGCAUCUCGCCCUCUGCCUCGGCCUAUCUGACAGUGCAGUACCCUGCCCGUGUUCUCAACAUGCCACCAGUCAUCUACGUCCCAAGAAAGUUGCCAGGAAUCAUACGCUGCCCAGUCGAUGCCAACCCGCCUGUUAUGUCUGUCAGAUGGGAAAAAGAUGGAUAUCCCUUAAGAGUUGAGAAGUACCCUGGCUGGAGCCAAAUGCCAGAUGGAAGCAUUCGGGUGGCAGAGGUUACUGAAGACUCCCUUGGCACCUACACCUGUGUGCCUUACAAUGCUCUAGGUACCAUGGGACAGUCCCCUCCGGCCACUCUGGUGCUAAAGGACCCCCCUUACUUUAAUGUGAGGCCUGGUGGGGAAUAUCGUCAGGAGGCCGGCAGAGAGCUUGUCAUCCCUUGUGCUGCUUCUGGAGACCCUGAGAUUCCAACCAUCACCUGGAGAAAGGUAGGAAAGCCAAGUAGAAGCAAGCACAACAUCUUACCCAGUGGCAGCUUACAGUUUGUGUCUCUGAGCAAAGAGGAUCACGGGGAAUGGGAAUGCGUCGCCACCAAUGUCGUCACAAGCAUCACUGCCAGCACAAGACUUUUUGUAAUAGGUACUAGUCCCCAUGCGCCAGCCAAUGUCCACGUCUCUGUCUCCACAACCUCAGCUAAUGUCUCCUGGGAACCCGGAUAUGAUGGUGGCUUGGAACAGACCUUUUCGGUCUGGUAUGGCCCUGUGAAGAAGAAAACCGAUCUGGGUCCUCAUGAUUGGCUGUCCAUUCCUGUACCCAGCACUCAGACCUGGUUGGUGGUGCAGGGCUUGGAGCCAAAGACAGCAUAUCAGUUCAGUGUGCUGGCCCAGAACAAGCUGGGCACAGGCCCGUUCAGUGAGGUAGUCACUGUGAAUACAGUAGUGUACCCUAUAAGUACUCCGGAACCACUGGUGCUUCUUACCCCACCGCGGUGCCUCACAGCUAACCGGACACAGCAGGGUGUACUGUUGACAUGGCUUCCUCCAGCCAACCACACUUCACCCAUAGAUCGUUACAUUGUUGAGUUUCGCUUGGGAGAGCGGUGGGAGGUGCUCGACGACCUAAUUCCAGCAGAUGAGACUGAGAUCAUGGCUAGAGACCUCAUUCCGGACUCGUGGUAUGAAUUCCGUGCCCUGGCAGUCAUGGAUGAUCUCAUUAGUGAAAGCAGUAAUGUAGUGGGAGUGUCAAGCACAGACCCCUUCCCUCCCACAGAGAUCUCUGACGAGGGGCUGGCAAGGCCAGUGGUGGCUGGAAUUGUGGCUACAAUUUGCUUCCUAGCUGCUGCCAUACUUUUUAGCACGCUAGCCGCGUGCUUUGUCAACAAGCAGCACCGCCGAAAGCUCAAGCGCAAGCGAGAUCCUCCAUUGUCAAUAACUCACACCAGGAAAAGUAUUGAGUCUCCGCCUCCUCUUACCCCUUUGCCUGGCAUUGAGCCCUACUGGGAAGAGCCAGACAGGAGCAGCUACAGGCCCCCAUCCACCAGUCCUCAGCUGUCCUCUGGGAAAAUCAGUCCAGAGAGCAUUGCUUCCUCCCGUCCUCCAUCUCUGGCCAGUGUGGGCACACCUGGUCUCUAUGUCAAGAAGCUGCCAAGCCCAAGGAAGGAGAAGGAGCUCUCUCUGUACAAGCGAACCAAGCGAGCAAUAACGGGCAAGAGGUACAGCGUGUCGAAGCACGAGGCCGAGGUUACCACUCCCAUUGAGCUGAUCAGCCGCGGCCCAGAUGGCCGCUUUGUCAUGGAGCAAUCAGACACAGACACAUCACUGAAGCCACGUCGCAUUGAAGGCUUCCCCUUCGUGGAGGAGUCAGACCUGUACCCUGAGUUCAGACAGUCCGAUGAGGAGAAUGAUGAACCUGGGCCCCUCCCCCCAGUUAUGGCCACGCUCAGGCCCCAGAUUUCGCCUGUGUCCUCAAGCCAGGAGUCCUACAUGGUGCAGCCUCCAGCCUACAGCCCACGCUUCCACAGGCCUAUGGAAGGUACGAGCAUCUUGGAGGGUAGCGGGCUUCAGGCCACAGGGCAGAGCCGAGUGUCCCACUUUCACAGAGUCUUUCCUCCGGGCCCUUUCUAUGGCUAUCUAGGUAGUGGCACCGAGCUGGAGCUGCAUCCUCCAUUCUACGCUGCUGAUGUGAGCCCACGCAGCUCAGCCAUGUCCUCCUCCUCACCACCGUGCCCCACCGAGGGGUCCUACCACCAUCCCACCAUUGCUUCUGGCCACACCCUUCCGCUGGCACAUGGCCCACCCUCCUCUCGCUCUACUGACACUUGGCGCCCUCCUGACUUCCCCUUUCUGGGUCAGGAGGGUGCCUGUGUCAUUUUGCCACCACACCCUCCUCCCCCUCAUCUCCGCCGAGACGUGCCCGAGCCUCCACCUUACCCUUCACGUAGCCACGUCCCCUCCAGCUCGGCGUUCCUGCGGCUGGAGGCGCUCCCUUCUCAGGGCCUAGCGGGCACACAUGCAGCUAUGCAACAGGCCCAGAUCGUGGGGCAGUUGAGACACACUACCCACGGGAUGGGCGUACCAGUGUUGCCUUACCCAGGCCGAGCAGGGAGCCCCAGCACGCUACGCAGCGAGAGCUCGGACGAGCCGUGGCUGAGCCCGAGGGCGGCACGCCGCCUGGAUCUUGGCCUGCAGCAGGUGGUGCUGCAGCCAUCACGCCUCUCACCCCUCACCCAGACACCUCCUAGCUCCCGUGCCGGCUCACCCGACAUCCUGGUGCGCCCGCCACCGCGACCGGGCGUCCUUCGCUCCUCGCGCUCACAGGAGAUGCCCGAGAGCAUGCGCCACAUCACCUUCUCCCGGAGAUCCCUGUCCUCUUCCCCUGCCACCUCUCCCACCCUGGGCUCAGGCUCCAUCCGCCUGCCUGGCCUGGGCUAUGGUGCCCAUGUGGCCUUUGCCACUGCAGCGGCCAGCUACCCGUCACAAUCCCCCUCGCCCCCGGCGGAGAGCAGUGAUGCUUUUGGUCAGCUGCCAUCUCAGAGGAGGACAGAUGAAGAGAUGCUGCCCUCAGAGCCCUCACCAGGGGAGCCUGUAGGUGCAGUGAGAGUGCCUGCAGGGUCUGAGAGCUUUGAAACACUGUUUUAUCAUUGUAUGAAAAAAAACAAGAAAGUGGCUGCCAACAACAACAACAACUCCACAUCGAAGAAAAGGACAGAUGUGUCUUCCUCUCAGACCCAGCAGCAAUUCGCAUCUCAGGCACCACAGCAACGACAAAAGAUCUGCUCUCCCUCCAGGAAGGGGAGGGAUAAAGUACCCCAAAAAUCCCCUUACCCGCUCUUAUCUUCCAUGCUGCGCUGGUCUUGCCCCAGAGAAGACAAGAAAGCCCUUUUGGCCAGUGUGAACUCCCAAACUCCCCCAAGCUACGGCGCUCUGCCUUGACCAGUGGGAGAAUCACAUACUGAUCCAUUAAUUACAACAGAGGAUAUGCAGUCAGUAUUGAAUUUGAUUGACCUAAAGAUUUAUUCACCUUCUCCUUUGGCACAAUACUAUCCAUACACAUGCGUCUUCUGUAAAUUUAAUAAGGUGCCCAAGUAGAAGUGACAGAGGACAAAAAAAUGUUUGUUUUUUUUUAAUUGAAUAAAAUAUCCCAUGAUUUAUCAACAACAAAAAAAACAACUUGUAGACAAAAUUAGUUUUUAUUUGUAGAUAUAACACUUAAGUAUGACUUAUUGUGUAUAUUAUAAAACCGUAAGUCCCUCAAAAUCUAAUUAACACAGGGUUUAUCCUUUUCCUCCUACAGAAUAUACCUCAGAAAAAAAAGUAAUUUUGGCACAUAUUUACAGCACUUAUACCAUCAUUUGUGCAAGCUAGCAUUGUUUUCUAAUGAGUUCGAUGGCCUCCAUUGCAAAAUACCAAUAAUAUGUAUUAUUAUUUGUUCUAGUAAAAAGGCAUUAAUCCACAGUGUACAAAAUUGCUGUUCUUUUUAUUUUUCAAAGAUUUAUUCAUCAGUUAAAUAUCAAAUCAUCUGAUGCAAAGCACAGACGAUCGCAGAAAAUUGUAAUUUAGAACAAAGUCUUUGGAUCAUAAUGCAAUACUGAUCUGCUGCUAUAUCGGGAUCUGUCAUCAUAAACCUUUCUGAGCGGUCUGUUAUGUGCAUUGAUGGGUACUAAAUUUAGCCGCUUUAGCCCAGUUUUUCUUCAAACACAAUGUAAACCCAUUUUUAUUUGUUGUCUACUCUUGAAACACAGACAAUUAGUGCUAUUUUUAAUAUACUUAAUAGUCAGUAUGGGGACUGGACAUAGCAUACAAAACAUACUUUUGUACUUUUGGGGUAAAAAAAAUGUAUAGUUACAGUGAACAUAAAACUUUGGCAUGUUAACGGUGACAUUAACACUAGACUGCUAGUAUUUUUUUCUCUUAAGAUAUUGAAAAGACUGCCUUUUUUCCGAGGGUUUUGAGUGACUACAUGUUCACGCCUCAGAUCCUCAGAUUCUCUUUUGUACAUGAGAUGCUUGGGGAAAUACAUUCAGUUCAGAGAAAAGACUUACGAAAAUAUCAUGGUAUAUAUCUUACAGUUACCAUCUGAGUUUUUCAAUGUCUCCUUAAAAUCAAAAAUUCCAGAAGGUCUCAAAGUUGAAGUAAUACAAGUAUUGUAAUUAUUGUACUUUGGCGACCCUUGCACAAAUGUCCGUAGAAGUUGUGAAAUGCAUUGUUAGUGUACUGUUGAACUGUUUUAAUCAAUUUGAUAGAGAUAUCAAGUAUUAAUACAUAGACUAUAUUAUAUGUACACCAAGGCAGUACUGUAAAGUAGAUAUUGUGCUAACAAAUGAAGACAACAUAAACCAAUGAGAAUUAACAUGAACCUAGUCACCGGAAACAUAAUGGCAAGUUCUCUAGACUCCUUUAUACAUAACAAAGUGAACUACUUAAAGUAGCUUGUCCAUUUUUGUUAUGCGAAAAAAGCAUGGAUUAUCCUCAUCUUUUGUUUUUCCAUCCAUUUGUAAAUCUUCAUGAGGUACAACGAAGGUGUGUGACAUUAGCGAACUGAUGCAUUUCUAAUCCCUUAAAUGCUUUAUUAUGUCUAGAGCUUACUAAUAUCUGCUGACUUACUACAUGCAUCAACAUGAAACCUUAGCAUGUACUGGAUCAGUUUAGUUCUAACCGAUGAUGAAUGUAUGAUUUGGCUUGAAGAGUGUUUGUUCUACUUGUUUUUAAAGCCUGCUGUCUUUUUUUUUUUUUUAGAUUGGAAAGCCCGUUGUUAAACUACUUAUUCAUUUGAACUGACUCACCAAAAUACUGAUUCUCUUUUCCCUAAUCUUCUACUAAAGGGUCCAAUACAGCAUGUCUAUGAACAUGGAGGGGGUAAACCACAUUAGAAUGUUGCUGUAAUCUGCAAAAAGCCAAAAAUGAACCCUGUGUAGAGAUAUUCAUUGAUAUUCAGAGCUAUUCCUUGAUAUCCAGAUACUCAAGAGAUACAUUGGAUUAAAGAAAGUGGGAAAGUGUAACUGCAUAGAACUUAAAGAAAGUUUUCCUUUUCCAGAACAUCAGUUGGCUGAUGGACUGUACAAGUCUGUAUUUGCUUGUGGUGGUGUUUAAUCCCCUCAUACAUUAUAUGUAUCAGUAUGUAAAGCUGCUUUUCAUGUUUAGUAUAUUGGGAGCCAUUGUAGGACACCCAUUUACUGGCCUUUAGCUGUCCAUUGAAGCUAAGGACCUUUUUUUGUUAAACCUUUGUCCAGUUUGGUUUUUUAUUUAUUUAUUUUAGAGUCCUACAAAAACCACAUGUUUACAUUACUCAGAGAUACAGUGCGAGGACGUGGCACAUCAUCCUCAUUUUGACUUGGUGCUAUGUCUUUUUGAACUCUUGUGGUGCUGUAUUCCACAUGUUAAAACAACUCAUGUACAGUCCUCUUCAUGCCGCUGUGGUUCCUCUCAUCAAGGUCUUUCAAUGAGUAGGGUUGUAAGCAAUAAUAACAUACUAACAAGACAGCACUUGCAUUCUCAUUCUGUCUCACUGCAAAGAUCAAAAAGGCAUGUUUAGCAAGAUUCAUUUCCAAUAACAGAUUUAGUCUCAGAUGUGAUUGAAGAAAUUGCUUACUGAUUUGCAUUUGCAUAAAGAUUUGCCGACCAAAUAAAAAAUGUAACCAGGGUAUAAUAAUAAUAAUAAUAAUAAUAAUAAUAGUAAUCAUUUAAACAAUGUCCCAUUGAGCAUGGACAGGACCUAGCAACACAAUCAAUUACAACACAGUCUGGAGAAUUACAUGCAGUAUUUGUUUUUACAGUGAUUUUUACAAACAAGUUCAAGUGAGUUCCAUGUGAACCUGUCAGAUCCUAUUUAAGAUUUCUGUACAUGCUGACAGGUUUUCUUUAGAUGAUGCUUAAUUGGAUUCUGUUUUCUCCAGUACAUGCAUGGAGACCUGAGCUAAUGCCGCUCUCUUGUAGAAUAUAACUAAUGCUGUAUAUGUAGACAAGCCCCCCCCCCCUUUUGCUUGUUAGGAGAAAAAAAAAAAUAGGGCUCAUGCACAUGAAUUUGUCAUAUCAGCUCUUUAGAUUGCCUGUACUUUGCUUAGUAUGCUAUUUUUUUCACAGUGCUUUGUGAAACUCAGCCUUUUUAUGUUGUAUUGUGAACUACUAAUUUCCCAUUUGUCAGCUUUCAUUCACUUGGACAUGUGUUUCUUCCUCAUUGCUUUUCAUGUUUACCAGCACUAAGAAUCUAGAAUGUACUACAACAUUAUGCACUAAUUUAUGACUGUUUUAAGAUUAAACCUCAUACGUUAGAGAUCAUGCUAAUUGGAAGCAUAUUUCAAACUUCAUUCUUGUAAAUUUUUUUAAACUUAAUUUGAUUUGUGUUGUAUAGAAUUUGUUUACAAUUUAUUUCAUGUAGACAGUUUCUGGGCUGACUUUUGCAUAUGUUUGUCAUUCUUUUCCACCUCAAAUGCAGUGUAAUGAGACUGUUCACGUGUUGAAAAAACACCAAUAAUAGACCUUUUUCAUUUUUUUCUUUGUAGUUGAAUGAUUUCAUUCUUUGAAGUGUCAUUGGUAGGUCUGAUUUAUUUCAGGUAUUAUUCUUAAACAGUAUGGUGCUGUACCAAAGCCUUAUGUAAAAUAUUGUUCUGAUGUAUUGUUUCACUCUUCUGCCACUGCUGUUAAGACAAGUGAACAUUCUUCAAGAAAAUUGGGACAUAUUGCUAGCCAAACUGACUGAUACCACUAUAAUGCAGUGUGCCUCGAAUUCCUCGUCCUUGAAUAAUACUGCUCAGUAUAGGCAGGGACUUUUGAAAAAUUUUCACAUGCCCAGUAAAAUAGUAAGAUUUGGUGCCUGGUGUGUCUUCUUCAUGUCUGCUGCUAGGAAUAAAUGUUAAUGGUGUCUCAUAUCUGUAUAACAUUAUCUGAAUCAUGUUGUGUGUCUCCACUAUUUAACUCUUUUGGACAUUGAGGGAAGAAUUGUAAAGGGAUUUAUCUGAAUGGCAUUAUCUGACAAUAAGGGAAAUGUCCCAGAAAAUCCAUCUAUUUCCUCCUCAAGAUCAUGCAGUCAUGUUCCAACCAACCUGAAACACAUUAGAUCCAUAUGAAAGCAUUUUCCAAGAUCUGCUUUCAGAAACAAGUCAGAUUAAGGGUGCGUAUAGGCUGUCAUGUUUGUAAGCUGUCCCAGAUGGUCCAUUUGAGUUAAUAUAAAGUGGAGUAGGUCAAAUAGCAUUGUUUACAUCACCAGAUGCCCAGAUAUGCACAUUUUAGCAAGUUAUGUUAAGUUGUCAUUUUCCGAUGCUUCGUCCCAUCU